GCGUGCAGAAGGGAAGGAUCUCAGGCGUGGCCGCGGACCAGUCAGAUUCACCGCCGGGGCCGGGGCUGGAGUCCGGGGCAGGCGGAUGCCGGAGAAAACCAGCCGAGCACACGAGAACGUGGAAGAAGAGUGGCAUAAGAGAAGGGACCACCAUGACACUGCUGGCCGGUGUGAGGCACUUUUCUUCUUCCUCUUUUUGGUACGCAUUUUUGGGUGCUGGUGCCCCAAAUCCUCUCUGUUUCUGGACAUCCAUGGACAUAUUUUGGAUUGCUCGUCUCGCCAUCCUCGUCCUCUUCCACCAACCCACGAGCGCCAGCGACACCACGGAGGUGAUCGGGGCCGUGGGCGGCUCUGUGACCUUCCGCAGCCACAACCCCGACAGGAACGUGGCCCUCUGGAGUUUUGGGAGUGAUCCCAUAGUGACUGUGGUGUUCAAGAGCCCUCCUCGACUCAUAUUUUUCGAAGACAAAUUCAAAACCCGUUUUGUUGUCUCUGAGAAUGGCCACGCACUCAGCAUCGCCCAGCUGAGGAUGGAGGAUGCCGGGACCUACUCUGUAACCAUUCUGGAUGAAAGAUCCACCUUCACCCUGCAGGUGUUCAGGGAGAUGGCAGAGCUCACGGUGACCUGCGAGGCCCAGAACUGCUCGGGUGGAAGCUGCAGCUGCUGCCUGCGCUGCUCCACACCUGGAGACACCGGCAGUAAGGAAUGCUUCAGGAGCAUCUCCUCCACCUUGGCUCAGCCAGGGGUUGAGAGCCCCAUGCUGCAGGUGAAUGAAACACCCCAGGAUGGGCUGGAGCCGGUGACAUGCACAGCAUGGAACGCCGUCAGCAGCAGGAACGUCACCGUCACCAACCCCAGGGUGCUCCACGACGCAAACGCCAUGGUCCCUCCCAGCACAGGUGCCCACUCCAGCAGCUGGAUCUGGAUCAGCAUCAUAGUCAGGGUUGAACUCGCAGUGCUUUUAUCGAUUUUCCUCGUGUCCUACUGUAAAUAUAAAUGUGGCACAGAGCCCAGGGGCUGCAGGGUUGGUUCCCUGUGGGGCAGAGCCAAUCUGCUGGCAAGGUGUGAGGAGCCAAACACCUGGCUGGGUUCGAAGAUUCACACCAAAGGAGCUGAACAGUCUCUGUAGAAAAGCAGAUUCUUUUAAAAACCAACGAAGCCCAAGAAAAGCUCUCUUUCCUCUGGCCUGGGGACCGGUUACUGGCCAGCCCCAUGCUGAGAUUUCUGCCUCAGCUGCCCCUUCCACCAGGAGUGUCCCAAUGCCACCAGCAGCCACAGGGCCAGGACCAGCACCAGGAGCAGCCCCGAAAUCUAGAGUGGCCACAAGGCCAAGACAGUCCAGCCAAAAUCCUCGUGGCCGGGGCAGCACUGCACAACCAUGGCUGUCUCACAAUGGACUUUCCUCCUUUCAUGGAAAUUAAAAUUAAAAGCCAGGAAAGAACUGUUUCUUGUGGAGAUAUUGGGGAAGAUGAAAACAGGAAAGCCUUAUUAGUAUGAUUGCCUGGCAAAAGAUUUUGAGACUAUGGAAACAAUAAGCAAGAUUGAAAUGAGAGCAAGCUUUGAGAUACCUCAAUUAGUUUCUGAACACCUGAACAACAAUGGUGUGGCUGGCUGAAGGUAAUCUGCUUUUGAUGGAACAACACCCUCUGCUUGCAGACAAGUCCAAGAGCAGACCCCACUAGUUUAGCAGAAGGGGUCCAAAGAGGAGUUUUUAGGGUUGAAAAUGUAACACGGUACGGUGAUGUAAUAAUUGUUAUAGGCUGUAUGGAAAUGCUAUAGGAUUUGUAUAUGGUAUUAGAUUGGAUUCUGAGAAUGAAGAUAUUCAGCACAGAAGAA